AUGAGUAAACCCAUACUUGCAACUGAGAUCCCAAGUGUCCACCUCGAGAUACCAUCGAUCACAUUUCCUGAGGCCGAGUUACAAACACCCAUAUGGGAUGAUUCAAAUUCACGCUCACCAGUAGAAGCCUCCCAGGAACGACUCUGGAACGAGUUAUCAGGUCUGUAUAAUUCCAACGAAGCGUUGAAGGGAGAUGCUGCAGCGCUCGGAAAGCUUGACAGUGAACGAGGAGCAAAAACCGCAGAAAAAUUGGACGAACUUCUGGAUACUUUCAUGAGCGGUGCAAAUAAAGUCCUCGAAGAGUUGUCAAUCCUGGGGAAUGCACAUCCAGUUCUUGCAGUUGCCAUUUUUGCCUUCCAUGAGGUUGUCAAGUUGGAUAUCGCGCGGAGGGAUAACAAUAAGAAAGUUCUGAUAGUGGUGUUGCAGAUGCAAAAUAUGCUGGGUCCUAUUUUUCAGCUCCGCAAUCUCCACCACGAACAUAUGCCUGCAACCGCAAAGCAAUUCCAUGAGCAAAGAUUAAAAGAAUUAGUUGAAAUCAUCUCCCAAGACAUAAAAUUGUGCCGAAGUGAUAUAACCCAUUUCAUGAACCGGAAGUUUGUCUAUAAACUUAUUCUCGCGAAAGGUUACGAGAAAAAAUUCGCCUCCCAUAUCGAAACCUUCGCUCAACGUCGAGCCGAGCUUCAAGCUGUGAUUUCCGAAUAUACCGCAAUUGGUAUCAGCACAGCGAACAUCACACUCGAUGGCAUCUCGAAAAAAGUUCAAGUUGCCGAUGAUAAACUUGAUGUGAUUAUGUCGCUGCUUUUCCGCAGUGUGGACACCCCACGUGAACGAGAGGUUUUCAAGUUUCUGCAGCAAAACGGGGGCCCCGAAAAAUGCGUUAAUGAUUUGGACCUUCUCCCAAAACUCAUCGCCAAAGCUGGAGAAUCACCGAAAACGGGUAAAGUGGCUGUCUCAGAUCAACAAGAACUGGAGGAGUUGCGCAAAGAUCUUAGCAAGGCGUUGAGUGAAGAUCUGGAUAAGGUUUUGGAAACACAUUAUGCCAGAUUCGAGAAGGUAUUACAAGUACAGAAUAACAACUUGAAGCGGAUGUCUGCACACCUCGAAGAUCAGGGGGUCUUGAUGCGGACCCAAACGUUGAAGUUAGGAAAGAUUUUGGAUACGGUCACAACGAUUAUGGUACUUGAGGAAGGAAAGUACAAAACAAAGGAAAUCAAACUCAAGGACCCUGAAAUCCAGCGCGUGUGGGCUCGAAUGAAUCUUACAAGCAGCGUCGUCAAAGCCAAAGUUUUCGUUUUGACUUUUCGAGACCAUAUCCAUGUCGAUAAUUCCGCUUCCGUCACCCCAAUCAUCCCAACAUUCUCUCUACCAGGCUCUGAAGACAAUCCCAGCGCUCUUCAUGUCGAUACCUCUUAUGGCUCUAAACAAACCAUGUUGAAUGUUACUGCAAACGCCGACAAAGAAUCAGACGAAUGGGUUCUAGAGUUUAUUGACGUGGCAUAUGUUCGCCCAAUCGUUGAAGCGAUGGAUGAAGAUGGCUCCGGAUUCAUCAGCGUGCAGGAAGCCAAUAGGUUUGCUUUGGCGCGACCAGCGGGUAUGAGCCUUCUGCAUUGGAUUGCGUAUUGGGCAGCUGGCUGGCACAUAAACCUUUAUAUGCUUCAACAGGCCAUUUACUCAACAUUGCUGCAAAUGCAUCAACUCCUUCCACAAAUACACAUCGCAAAUCGUAUAUACGUUGACGACUAUCUGGACAAUCCUGUCAUUACACGAAUCGAAGCCCUUUUACGUUCUAUCAAGCCCUUACCUGAAAUCAAAGAACCCAAGUUGCAAGAAAUUGCAAAUACUGUGUCGUCUCGUCAAAUGACACGCUUGAGGGCCAAUUUAAGCGACAUGGGACACGUCAUUGAAACUCGAAUGGAUGCAACAACCAUCGCAGGAGGAUUCAGGGUGGAAACUUGGAUUCUCCCCAUGGUUAAUAUACUUUUGCAACAUCAUCUCAAGAUCAUGCAUUUAGCAAAGACUGUUGUGCUCGAUCCAGCGGAGUUGGAUGUGCAUACGACAUCACUUGAUCAAGUUUUUCUAGUCUUUGACGAACGCAUGAAUAAUCUGGAAGCUAGAUUCCAUCAACUACACAGGGACGUUGAUGCACAAUUUCAAAGCUACUCUUAUGGGAUGUUCUAUGCAGCAUUCAAAAACAGAGAGUACAACAUGUCCGACAAUAUCUUGAUGUCCAUACAAAUGGAUGAAUAUAUACACCUGAAUCGAAUUGAUUUACCAACUACAGCAACCCCCGACACCACGAUUUUAUCUAAACAAGUCGGAAAAACGUUCGAGAUCGAGGACGCCGUUGUUCUGUCCACACCACCUCCUGGGCACAUUUCGCAUCCAAUAGAAGGCAUGUGGGUUGGUUGGUUUUUCUCCGGUGACGGCGACCCCAGUUACAUACGACCUUUUCAUUGUGUAAUCCCUCCCAUUGUCGAAAAUAUGUUUUCCGCUAAGGCUGAGACAUUUUUCGGAGAUGUUGACAUGGUCUGGACAAUUGAAGCCCAACCCACACAUGCAUCCGCGUCCGACUUCAAUAUUCGCUUCGACUUCAAUCCCAAAGAUUCGAAGAAUUUCCGCAAGCAAUCAUGCGUAGGACUCUACAAUACAGACAAAGAUGCCAUCGAAGGCACAUUUGUUUGGAAUAAUGCCGACGAGCCAUCCGGGCUCACUGAAGACCCUCAGACAGACCCCUUGGAAGAAUCGAACUCAGACAGUAUUGACGCAAAUCCGACAUCAAUGCCUAUAAUCGAUCUUUCUGCAGAGAUUGAAUCAAUCGAGGAAGUGCGUGACCAUGCGCCUGCUAUGGACGACACCUUGCCUACUACAGAGCCUGUCAGUGCAUCGGACACUGUCGCUAUGAUCACAGAAGACACCGUUGUCAGUGUUGGCCAUAGAGAAAUAGUGCCUGAGGAAAUCGUUAACCCAGAAAUGGGACCGUCUGCAGAGACGCCAAUGAGCAUUAGUCAUGGUCGAUUCUACCUCAAACGGACACCUGUUCAUCUGUUCCGAUUCCGUUAUCUUCUUGAUGGUCCUGGCACACCACCGUGCUGGCGCAUUUGGCCUCUUGCGCGUAAACGCUGGUUCUUUGCAAUUGAAGCUGUACUUUCUGAUACUCGAAUUCGCAUGGGAUCUCGCAAGGCAUUCAAUUUGGCUUUGACUGAGCGACGAGAAUGGCUCCAACUUUCAAUGCGUUUUGAUAUGGGAGAUGACGACGUGGUACCCAGCUGGCAUGAUUAUGAAACUAUUUCGGACAAAGAAUGGGAAGCGUACGACACAUUGCUGUCUAGUGUGCCUCCGCUAUAUGCGCGCAUGUACGACGAUCUGGCUCAUUACUUCGCUAGGAGAGAAGUCUUUGCUGCUCCAGUGGGACGAGCUACCUGUGACGUUGAUAUCCGAAAGAACGAAGAUGAUGUUCCGUCUGCAGGAACAAGCUCAACACAAAUCCAAAACGAAACUCGCCGUUCGCAGAGGCAAAGUUGUGAAGAGCAAAAAAGGCCUGAAGAGAAGGCAAUUGGAAAGCGUGGAUACUCAAUCGCCAACAACAGAUGGACCACCGCCCAUCUGUUGCUCCUGUUGUGGAACGGCUAUAUCAUUGCCUUGCUGGCUCCCUUGACCUUUUUCUGCUAUCAAUGUGAACGCAUUAAUGCCCCAUUGAGCCAAGGAAGCUUGGGCCAUUCACGUCUGGAACAUCAAAUCCUUCGCAUAUACGAUAGUAUUGAAGUCAAGCCAAUCCGGUUAGGGAAAGACAAUGAUGUAGGUCGUCAACUUGAAGAUAUCAGUUCGAAUAUCACAUUACUCGAGGAAAAAAUGAACAAACAAUUGGAAGAAGGCGAGAAGGUGAAAGGGGUCGUUGAGAACAUGGCGAGGAAGGUUGGCGUGAUAUCUAAUUAUGACGGGGUUUCGACACUUUCACAAGAAGAUCUACUUGGAGGCGAACAUCUCGAUGACAUUAACACGGAUCUCAGCGACAUUGGCAACAAUGAUCUUGUCAGUUCCAGCGAUUCUGAAGCGGAGGGCAGUCAAGUAGAUGCCAGUGCGGGCCGCUUACCCGCAGAAAAUGUUGAGACAGGACAAGUCGAACUUCAGAAGCGCAUGGACAAGCUGGAGUUGAAGGUUGAGAAUAUUGGAGCUAAGAUGGAUACCCUCUUGAACUUGGUACAAAUCCUCGUAUCUGCAAAACCCUCCGAUUAA